UGGAAUUUUAUUUGAAGGAGCACGUGACGUAACGACCUCACGUGACUGAAGAUCUCAGCAGUCAGCGCCAUCAGAAGAGAGUGAGAAAGCCUAUUAUAAUAGCCCUUCUUGAAUCAUACUAUCCCAUUCUUUUGAGACCCAAAGAAAAAUCGAAAAUGGGAAGAUCAUCCAGAAAAAUGUCUCUCGAGGAGUACUUUGAUUUCUUUGAAUCUCGCAACGAUACUCCACUCUCUGUCUACAAUCUUAAUCAGAUCAUUGCUGUGCAUGGAUUCAUGCAUCUCCACAAAGCUCGGAAGGCAAUGGUGGAUGCUGUGAACACGAUUGAGUUGAUCGAUCCGUGCAGCUCCACGCUGAGUCAAAACAUCAAGUCUUGCGCCGGCAUGACGCUCAAACAAGUGAUCUCUGAUCUCAGGGACCUUAAUUGGCAAGAAUGCUGUGUCACUUCACUCGAAAACAUAAGUUCAUCCAACAGCAACUACUUAGCUCAGGAGUCAGGCCUCCAGAAUGUUGAAUUACCGAAAUCAAAAUCACGAAAAAAAGGUUCAAAAUCGAAGACCGUUGAUGCUACUACUGUUAACAAUGAUGCAUUGUUCGAUGGAAAUUCAUUGUCGAACUCUUCUGUAAUUGGCGAAGGUCCGGGAAAGUUGGUGAAAAAGCGGAAGAGAAAACUGAAGGACAAAGCUGGCGGUGAUUCAGCUGCGUGUUCAUUUGGAUCCUGUUGAAUGGAAGUUUUUUUGUUUUUUUGGUCGAAUUUCUGACGACUUGGAAGGGUGGUGUUGGUACGUCUGUUAGUUCUUUCCGUGUGGUGUUUUGUGGUCUUUUGUUGUUUUGGGGGGAGUCAUGGAGAGGGCGUUUCAAAAAGCAAGGGUAGCUUAGGGCAUAUUUGGUUGCUGUUUUUGAAAACUGUUUUGGAAAACGGUUUUCGAUAACAGCUUUUUA